UACUUCCUUCUAGUUUCACUUUUAAAAGAAAGGAAAAGCUUUUUUUUUACUAAAGCUAGUUUUGAAGAAAUAUAUCACAUUAAUAUGCUUUUUAUUAGAGCAUGCCUGAUACUUGUGAUUGCGUUUCCAUUAUCUCGAUCUUUUGAUCUUUUUGUGAGUUUUCUAAUGCAAAAAGAGCCAUGCUUUGAAACCAUAGAUUUCGAGCAUUGCAAUUCAUCGAUACCAGAGACUUUCACCCCAGUAUAUAAAGGAACAGAUACGAAUGUGCCAAACUCAGAAUUCUGGCUUUUUACUACCAAAAACAAAGAAAGAGCUGAACCUUUACACAAAUGCGGAGGAAAACUGCCAGAAAACAGCGCCUUCGAUCCAGAACAGGAGACCAUAAUCAUAGCUGGCGGAGUAGCAGAGAGUAUUUGUCGCGUAGCUUGGCAAAGG